AUGGAAGUUCUAUCCCCCCAUUUGGCCGAAACAGAUCAAGAACUUUGGCUCGAGCUCAUCAAGCGCGAUAUUCCACAAUGGCAGAAAUACGAGCUGCCUCAAAACUCCAAUUCCUGGUACGAAAUAUAUUGCGAUCUGCAAGCCGAAGUGCAGCGGGAACUUGAGGCCGACGCGGCGAAACUGAAAAGGGCCAUUGAUGGGAUUCAGUCUGAGCGCGCUCAGCUUCAACCCAAGGUCAUGAAUUCAAUCCCUCGGGGCGUUCGGGGCUCACGCGGUCGGGUCGUGCCAAGGGGCCCGAUGUCUUCUGCGGAUGCUCGAAAGAAGUCGGCCAUUUUCGCACCCCAGAGGAGAAAUCCUGCAUUGAUAGUCCCGACCAAGCAUCUGAACAAUAGGGCAACACAAAUCACAAAGGCCCCAUUAUCACUAAUUGAAGCGCACCGUCGGCCAGCAGACCCUCCUGCACCCACACGUGAAGCUGCAGCUGGGAGAAUAUCCGUCCCGGGAAAAAUGUUGUCCAAGUCAACACGUCCACUCCCUGCACUACAUUCCUCGUCGGCCUUGGCAGACCGCGAGGCGCGAUUGAGGGCCAUUGCUGCCGGUAAACCAAUUCCUCCAAGGCCACUGUCGAACUCUGCCCCUACAGGGUCAACGACAGAUCGCCCUCGACGUGCUGGCAAUGCUUCUAUUCCGACCAAGGAAAGCCAUUCGCCAGUCAAAAAGGCCAUUCCUAAACGAAAGGCGACUUCUCCUCCACCCCAGUCAGCGGCGGCUGGAGGCUCAUCCACAGCUUUGUCAGGUAGAACUGCGCCCGAGAUGACCGGUCGACCUGGGAUUGCCCGGAAGCGAUCCGAAGUCGAUAUAUUUCUUCGACCUAGAAAAAAGCGAGUUGUCUAG